AUGUUUGGUAAGGUAAUAGUCUUGAUUGUUUCCAUAUUAAGUCUGUUACUUACUUAUAAUUUCAUAAGGACAUCCCUUGUAUAUAAAAACAAGCAAGAGGUUGAUCAAAUAUUGAGUUACUUGAACAAGUACUUGACUCAAACCUAUUUUGCUCCAGUAGCAAUUAAAACCUAAGUAAGAGCUAGAUAUUGAUUAAGUACUGUAGUAUAACUCAAUAUUGGUCAGACCAGAAGCAGAUUAUUGUAAGAGAUCAGAUUUAUACAAAUUUUAUCAUCCUGAUAUUGUGAUGAAAGAUACUUACACUUUUAGAGAAGCAAGAGGAGUCAUAAGAGAGACGUUGAGAUCCUCUUAUUAUGAUUGCAUACCUUAGAUGACAUACAAAUUAAAAAAUACUUAAUGUAAUAGCAAAUAUUAGAUUAUGCUAGAUUUACCAAGACACGUGUUACCUGUUUAAUUGACUCUUCCUUUUACUUACUAUGAUUAAUUGGUGCAUAAAUUUUAAGUAGGCUAAGGUAUUAUCAUUGAAUAACUAGUUAGAAUCAUUAUGCUUAUUCCAAAAGUACAAUCACUUAAUUACUAGACAUGUACUCUCUCAUAAGGAUAAUCUGAUGAAUAAUUAAUACUUGUAUUUGGACAGCCUAAAAAAGAGUGGAGUUGAUUAAGAUUGCAUAAACAAUGCUACUUUUAUUCCUAAGACUUAUAGAUUAUUUAAUAAGCAAGAUUGCGAAGAGUUUUUCACUUAUUUGGAUUCAGCUGAAUAUAAAAGUGUAAUAGAAAGAGAUGGUCCAUAAUUUAUAACCAAGGUUGGCCUGGAAGUUCAUAGAGGACGAGGAAUUAAGGUUCUCUUUCCAGAUGAAACUCGUAUUUUAUAAGAUACUUACAAACACGGCAAAAGAUGUGGAAUUGAUAAAUCAUUGCUGGUAGCCUAAAAAUAUAUCGGAAAUCCUAUGUUAUUUAAUGAUCAUAAAAUAGAAUUUAGAGUUUAUUGGGUCCUUGCAUCCACUAAUCCCAUUAUUGCCUAUGCAUAUGAUAAGACUUUGAUUAGAAGGUGCAUAGCUACCUUCGAUAAGUUUUCUUUGGAUAAGGAAGCUCAUGUUUGCAAUACUGCUGUUGUACAAAGCACUUUGCAAAAGAAGGGAUCUGACUUAUAUAUGAGGGAAGAUAAUUCUGAUGAAUCAGAGUUGUACAUAGAUUGGAAAUUAGAUUAUUUGUAGGAUCUUUUAUUAAAGCAAGGGAAAAUCAAAGACACCAAGUGGCUCUAAAAUUAUUUGUAUCCCACAAUUGACCGAAUGAUCAUACAUGCAAUUAGAUCUACAUAACAAAAAUUUAAUAGAGAUAGUAGAUUAGCUGAGUUUUUUGCUGCUGAUUUUAUUCUAACAGAUGAUUUAUAAAUAUACAUUAUGGAAAUGAACUACAACCCAUAAACCUUAAAGACAACCUUGGCCAGAGAAAAAUAACAUGCCAAAAUGACCCAAGAUAUGAUUGAAAUACAAAAUGCCUAUCUAAGAAGCAAAUAUUUAAGAUUUAGAAAAAUUAUUACUAAAUUGGCAAGUAGAAUGAACAAAGAGAAAAGACCUCUCGAUUAAUUGUUAACUAACAAAACAAUUGAUGAGAUCAAUUCAGCUUACGUUGAUAAACUUGAUCAAGGAAUUGAGAUAAGUGAAGGCAAUCUAUUUAGAUUGGUGAUGGAUGAAAAUUUACCAGGAACUAAAAAAUACAAAGAUCUGAUUUAAUAAAAGUGUAUUUGA